CUUAAGAGUGUUUCCACGAAACUGUACCAAAUCCCCAGUCACUGUUAUCCUUUUUUCCGAUCCGAAGAGGAGAACGAACAGUCAACAACAUACUGCACACUGAGCUAUGGCUUCCUCCAACAGUCUCCUGUCUGAAGAGCAGUUCCAGUGCUCUAUCUGUCUAGAUGUGUUCACUGACCCAGUCUCCAUCCCGUGUGGACACAACUUCUGCAUGGCCUGUAUCGGAGUGUACUGGAACGCUAAGGGCCUAUGCAAGUGUCCAAUGUGUAAAAAGGCUUUUGAACGGAGACCAGAUCUCAGUGUCAAUACUUUUAUUUCUGAAAUGGCUGCCCAUGUCCGGAAGCUAGCUCCAGCUGACAGCACACUCACACAGCACCCCGCCAAGCCUGGAGAAGUGGCCUGCGAUGUCUGCACUGGGAGGAAGUUCAUGGCCUUGAAGUCGUGCCUGGUUUGUCUGGCUUCUUACUGUGAGACUCACCUAGAGCCUCAUCAGAGAGUUGCUUCCUUCAAGAAACACAAGCUAAUUGACCCUGUGGAGAACCUGGAUGACAGGGUGUGUGAGAAGCACCAACGACCCUUGGAGUUGUUCUGUAGGAGCGACCAGACGUGUUUGUGUCAGUUCUGCACUGAGACAGACCACAAGUUCCACAAGGCUGUCACCAUAGAGGAAGAGAGUGGAGUGAGGAAGAGUCUGCUGUGGGAAACCAAGGGAAAAGUGCAGAGGUUGAUCAAGGAGAGACUGCAGAAGGUGAAGCAGAUGGAACACUCAAUAGCACUCAGGAAGAGGGGUGCAGAGAGAGAGAUAGAAGAUAGCGUGCAUGUCUUCACUACUCUGGUGCGCGCUAUUGAGAAAAGCCAGGCUGAGUUCAUUGAGGUGAUUGAGGUGAAACAGAAAGCAGCAGAGAGGCAUGCCGAAGGGCUCAUCAAAGAGCUGGAGCAGGAAAUUACUGAACUACAAAGGAGACUCACUGAGCUGCAGAAGCUGUCAAACACAGAGGACCACCUCCACGUCCUCCAGAGCUCCCCAUCGCUUUGCACCCUUCCACGCACCAAGGACUGGUCUGAGAUCAGGGUUCACAGCGGUUUGUGUGUCGGGACCCUUUGGAGAGCUGUGUCUCAACUGGAGGAGACGCUUAAUGAAGAGAUGGAGAAGUUGUCUGAGACCGAGCUGGAGAGAAUGCAGCAGUCAGCUGUGGAUGUGACUCUGGACUCUGAUACGGCAAAUCCCAAACUCAUUUUGUCUGAGGAUGGGAAACAGGUGAAGCUAGGACACAGACAAAAGCUCUUCCUUGACAACCCAAAGAGGUUUGAUCCUGUACCCUGUGUACUAGGAAAUGAAGGCUUCUCCUCUGGGAGAUUUUACUUUGAGGUGCAGGUGGAGGGGAAGACUAGGUGGGCUUUGGGAGUGGCCAGAGAGUCCAUCAACAGGAAGGGGAAUGUACGGCUCAGUCCUGUGAAUGGAUACUGGACUGUGGGGCUGAUGAAUGGGGAUGAGUACAUGGCUCACGCUGGGCCCAGUAUCCCUCUCUCUCUGUCAGAGGAGCCUCAGAAGGUGGGGGUGUUUGUGGAUUAUGAGGAGGGGGAGGUCUCCUUUUAUGAUGUGGAGGCCGGGUCUCAUAUCUAUUCUUUCACCGUCUGCACCUUCACUGAGAGACUCUACCCAUACCUCUUUACAGGCAUAAAUAAUGAUGAUAAAAACUCUGCCCCAUUGAUCAUUUGUCCGAUCAUGUCAGUCAAUCAGUAUGAGAUUUCACCUCUCGAUGAUACACCUUAGAUUUCAGCAAUUGAUUCAGUCAAGUGAUUGUUGAUACUUCUAUACAGCUUUUCAAAAAUGGUCACAGUAUUGGAAUGACACAGUGAAAAAGUUAGGUGUCUAAUCGGGCAUGCAACUGACAAUGUUUUUUUUACUUUUCAUUUAGAUUGAAUGGACAAAGUCCCCUCAUACAAAAACAUAUAUUUUACCUCCCCAAUCAUGUAGGAAUUCAUUAUUAUUUUGCCUAUUUUUCUCUGUGGCAUAUAUAAGUAACUGCCAAAAUAAAGGAAAUGCCAACAUAGUGUCUUAAUAGGGCAUUGGGCACCACGAGCCAGAACAGCUUCAAUGCACUUUGGCGUAGAUUCUACAAGUGCCUGGAACUCAACUGGAGGGAUGCAACACCGUUCCAUAAUUUUGGGUUUUGUUGAUGGUGGUGGGAAAUGCUGUCUCAGGCGUCGCUCCAGAAUCUCCCGUAAG